GGUUUGAAACAGAGAAAAAUCAGUGGCGGGUGAAGAGGAGGUGCCGCCUGAGUCGAAGCAAUAAUGGGUCUCGUUGCCGCCCGCCAGGUCUUUUGUUCAAGCCGAGCUCGCGCACUGCGUUUAUGGGUGUGUCUCCGUUCAAAUCCAAAACCCAUCAAGCCGUAUUGGGUCUCGUUACCGGGUGAUCUUUUGUACAGAUCUGGUCGAAUGUUAGGGCAGUGUGAUUGGUGGAAUAAUGGAGAUGGGAUGGAGCGUUUCUAUUGGUUGGGAGCCUUAGGCGGUCGCCGCCCCUGCCUGUAUAUUUGUUUAUAGAGAGAGAGAAACAUUAAGAUAUGUACAAAUUGAAAAACCAUUGCAUGAGGGUGAAAGCUGUGGAAAACACUUAUUGAAGAACCAAUCCAGCACAACUUCUUUAACUUAUUGAAUUUAAAUUCAAGUUUUUAAAAAAUCACACCUGCUACACACAACCACUUUCGAAAAUGACAAUGCUUGAUAUAUAGUAUGUUAAUGCUUGAAAUCAGUGAAGGAAAGCGAUAAAAAUUGAUUUUGUUAAAAGGGUUCAAAGUAGUACCUCAAGAAGCCAGCCACUUAUUGUGGGACUCUCUCAAUGUUCUUUCGAAAAUGACAAUGCUUGAUAUAUAGUAUGUUAAUGCUUGAAAUCAGUGAAGGAAAGCGAUAAAAAUUGAUUUUGUUAAAAGGGUUCAAAGUAGUACCUCAAGAAGCCAGCCACUUAUUGUGAGACUCUCUCAAUGUUCUUGACUGAGGCUAGAAGAUCUAAAUCAUCCUCGACCAAGUAUGGAGUGUUUUUCAGAUAAUUGAAUUUGAGGAAGAACUCCUCUGAACCAGAAGGACUUGAGAUUAGAUGCAGAGAGUGUGACAAUUCAAUCCUGCUUCAGAUAGGCCUUUUUGGUUCCCAACAAUGGCACCCACAAGCACAAACAGAGCGUCUUCCUCUUCUACACCUACCCGUAAAUCAAAAUACGAUGUAUUCUUGAGCUUCCGAGGUGAAGACACUCGUAAGAACUUUGUAGACCAUCUGUUUGCUGGUUUGUCUCAAAGUGGAAUCUACACAUUCAAAGAUGACGAACAACUCAGAACAGGGGAAGAAUUUUCACCCGAACUCUUGAAAGCAAUCGAAGAAUCCAGUAUCGCUCUCAUCGUGUUCUCCAAACGCUAUGCUUCCUCCAAGUGGUGUUUGGAUGAACUGGUGAAAAUCCUUGGAUGCAAGGAGAAGAUGGGGCAAACAGUUGUUCCAAUCUUCUAUGGUGUGGAUCCUUCGCAAGUGCGGAAACAAACAGGGAGCUUUGCAGCAGCUUUUAAAAAACAUGAGGAAGGUUUCGAUGGGAAGAUGCAGCAGAAGGUGCAGAGAUGGAAGACAGCUCUUGAAGAAACAGCCAAUAUAGCCGGACAUAAUGUACAGGAUACAGCAAAUGGGUAUGAGUCAAGAUGUAUCCAACAAAUUAUUGAAGAUAUUUUCAGUAAACUGAACCAUUUAAUUCCAAUUGUUGCUGAUGAUCUGAUUGGGAUAGAGUCCAGUGUGGAGGAAGUGAAAUCAUUGUUACAUAUGGAGUUGAAUGAUGUUCACUCUAUAGGUCUAUGGGGAAUGGGGGGCAUAGGAAAGACGACUAUUGCCCAGGCUGUUUUUGAUCGGAUUUCCCAACAGUUUGACGGUAGAUGCUUUCUUGCAAAUGUUAGAGAAUUCUCAAAAAAGAAAGGUUUGGAAGCUUUACAGAAACGACUACUUUCAGAUAUCUUAUAUCGAAGUAAUAUAAAGAUUACAUCUGUUUGUAGAGGACUAAAUAUGAUAAAGAACAGGCUAUGUCACAGACGAGUUCUUGUCGUUGCUGAUGAUGUGGAUCAACUAGAACAACUACAAGCGUUAGGAAAGGUUGAUUGGUUUGGUUCUGGGAGUAGAAUCAUCAUAACAACAAGAGAUGAACAUCUGCUAACCACUUAUGGAGUGACUAAAAUAUACAAUGUGAAGGCAUUGGAAUGUGGUGAAGCUCUCCAGCUCCUUUCUUGGAAAGCAUUUCAUCAAAGAUUUCCUUCUGAAGGUUAUUUGGAGCUCUCAAACCAGGUAGUAGAUUAUGUCCGUGGGCUUCCAUUAGCUCUUAUAAUUUUGGGUUCUUUUCUACAUGGUAGAACAACUCAUGAAUGGAAAAGCACAAUGAGUAAGCUGCACAAAAUUCCUAACAAGGAAAUUCUUCAAGUGCUUAAAAUCAGUUUCGACGGACUAGAUGAAAUGCAGCAGGAAAUUUUCCUUGAUAUUGCAUGCUUCUACAAAGGGGAAGACAAGAGUUAUGUAGAAAGAAUACUCGAGAGUUGCGGCUUCUUCCCAGGGAUUGAAAUGCCUGUUCUUAUAGAAAAGUCUCUCAUAACUAUUUCAGAAAAUAGGCUUUGUAUGCAUGAUUUGAUACAAGGAAUGGGUUGGUAUAUUGUUGAUCAAGAAUCUCCUGAGGAAGCCGGAAAACGUAGCAGGUUGUGGCGCCCUAAGGAUAUUCGUUCAGUGUUGGCAGAAAAUAAGGGGACAGAAAAAGUUAAAGGCAUAGUCUUGGAACUCUUUGCACCGGAAGAUAUUGACUGCAGUACGGAAGCCUUCACAAAGAUGACCAAAUUAAGGGUGCUCAUAUUGCACAAUGUGUUGUUUUCUAGUGGUCCUGCACAUCUUUCAAAUAAGUUGAAGUGGCUUGAUUGGCAUGCAUACCCUUCAAGCUAUCUGCCAGCAAGUUUUCGGGCAGAAAAUCUUGUUGAACUCAAAAUGAGUUAUAGCCGCAUUGUACAACUUUGGAAGGAAAUAAAGCCUCUGCCCAAGUUGGAAGUCAUCAACCUCAGUCACUCCCAUAGGCUAUCUAGGACCCCAGACUUCACAGUCGUUCCAAAGCUGACGACCCUGAUUCUUGAGGAUUGUAUUAGUUUGGAGGAGGUUCACCCAUCCCUUGGAGCUCUCAAAAGGCUUGUUUUAUUAAAUUUGAGAGAUUGCACAAAUCUUAAGAAAUUUCCAAGCAGUAUUCACUCAAAAUAUCUUGAGACUUUUAUUCUAUCAGGCUUCUUGAAAUUAGAAAAGUUUCCAGAAAUCUUGUGGGAUAUGGUACAUCUAUCAGAACUUUAUUUGGAUAGAACUGCCAUAAAAGAAGUUCCCUCAUCAUCAAUUGAACAUCUCACUAGCCUUACUUUGUUGGAUUUGAGUGAAUGCAAAAACCUUUCAAGUCUUCCAGAAAACAUUUGUGGGUUGAGCUGUCUGAAAACUCUCAAACUCUCUGGCUGCUCAAAACUUGAGGAAUUGCCAGAACGCCUGGGAAAUUUAAAAUGUUUAGUGGAGCUUCACGCAAAUAAAACUGGCAUCAAACGACUACCAUCCUCCAUUACUCUUUUGAAAGAGCUCAAAGUCUUAUCCCUUAGUGGAUGCAGGGGAACAAUGUUGACACAGUCAUCCUCUUGGUUUUUACCAAGGAAACGUGAAGAUUCUGUGUGUUUGGUGCUUCCUUCUUUAACAGGUUUAUAUUCCUUAACAGAACUUGAUCUUAGUGAUUGCAAUCUGUCUGAAGGAGGGAUCCCCAACGACCUUGGCAGCUUAGCCUCUUUGAUCAAGUUGAAUUUAAGCAGAAACAGUUUUGUUAGUUUACCUGCAAGCAUCUCCCGACUUUCUCAACUUAAAACCCUAGUUGUAGAAGGCUGUAAGAGGCUAAAAGCAUUACCAGAGCUUCCAUCAAGUAUUUUUAUAUUACGUGCAGAUGAUUGCCAAUCAUUAAUAAGCAUUGGAGAUCUGUCUACAAAGUAUGACAGAUCGCUGGGGUUGGUUGCAUUCAGUAAUUGCUUUAAGCUGUUACAGAAUAAAGGGAGUGAAAAGAUGGUUGAUAUGUUGCUGAUGUUUGCGCUGCAAUUUGCGAUUCAGAGAAACCGUCCUAUAGUGGCUAAGUUGAAAAUUAUUUUACCGGGAAGAGAGAUUCCAGAGUGGUUCAGGCAUCGGCAUUGGGGUAAAAAAGCAUCUGUGCAACUGCCUCCAGAUUGGUAUGAGAGAAUUUUGGGGAUUGCCGUGUGCGUUGUUUUUGAGUUCCUAACUGAAAACACAACCUGUCGUAUCUUUACCCGGUUUGUAGACCAUAAUAAUAAAUCAUAUCUUGCUGCCUCGCAAUAUUGUGGGAUGCCCAAAGGUACGAAAGUUGAUUCCGGACAUAUUUGGCUGACAUUUUUUUCAAAUCGUACCAUUAAGGUUCCUCGGGGUAAGAGUCUAAACGAAUUGUGCCAAUUUGAGGUUUUCCUACAUGUGUAUGGUGAAUUCGAGAGGACGCCGGAAAGGAAGUGGGGAGUGCGUCUAGUGUACGAGAAAGAUGUGAUAAGUUGGAAGGAUGGGUUUGAUGAAUUCAAUGCAAGUGCUUGCUCUGACUAUUCUGACUCUGACUCCGAAAGUGAGAUCACGCUAUAUAGAGCACAAUGCAAUGGAGGUGCCUGCUCUGACUCUGAUUCUCGCGAUGAUGAUGACUUCCCACAACACCACGAUGAAGAACAAGGCAAUGAAAGUGCCUGCUCUGACUCUCACUCUGAUGAUGAUGAUUAUGAUCACGAUGAAGCACAAGGCAACGGAAGUGGCUGCUCUCACUCUGAUUCUGAUUCUAAUGAUGAAAGCCCACACGCUAGGAGAGAUGAACUUUUUUAUGUAUUUCUUUGACUGGCUUCUUCUGAUCAGUCUUUUUCUUUUCUUUUUUUUUUUCUUUGUAUGAUCAACCACUUUGGAUUUGCUGCCAUGGAUUUGGGUUUUUAGGUGAUUAAUGAUUAAUUGAUUGAAUGUUUCGUUUUUGUGGUUUGGAUUUGGAUUUAGAUUUGCUGCCAUGGACGUGGACUUUUUGGUGAUAAACGGACAACACUCAUUGUGUUUUUUUCUUUUUGUUGUUGGUACUCAAAUAUAUGUUGAAACUCCAACUCCUGAUUUAUUUUUUAAAAAUAAAAACUUGAUAUCGCUAGACCAUUAGUAACAACACUUCAAAUCUGAAAUGG